CCUGCGUUACAGAACCCCAUCCCAUUCUUGCUUCAUUUCAAGAAAGAAAAGGAGUCAAUUUGAAGGCACGCCACUAGCUGAUUCUUCUUCAUCCUUCAUUUCCUCCAUUCUUCUUCUUCUUCUCCCUUUUUUUUUUUUUCAAUAUUUUUUUUCUUUCUUUUUUUUUUUCUCCUCUUCAUUCCUUCUAGCUUCAAAUGGCUAAGUUAUCAAUAAUGUUAAUUUCUGUGUUCACAAUUACUAUUCAUCAUUUGUGGAUACCAGGAGUGUUAUCAGCAACUUACACUAUAGUAAACAAAUGCGACCAAACGGUAUGGCCGGGCAUUCUUUCAAACUCUGAUUCAGCACAGCUCUCAACCACUGGUUUUACCCUUCAGAAAGGCGAGUCCAAGACCAUAACGGUGCCUUCCUCAUGGGGCGGUCGCUUCUGGGGCAGGACCCAUUGUACCCAAGACUCUACCGGAAAGUUCUCUUGUGUCACCGGUGACUGCGGAUCCGGAAAGCUAGAAUGCGCAGGUGGUGGCGCUGCUCCCCCUGCUACACUUGCGGAGUUUAAGCUCAACGGCUACGGAGGCCUCGACUUCUACGACGUGAGCUUGGUUGAUGGGUAUAACCUUCCUUUGAUGGUGGUCCCACAGGGCGGCACCGGGGGGAACUGUACCAAAACCGGGUGCGAGGUGGAUCUGAACGGCGCUUGCCCCUCUGAGCUCAAGGUUACGAGCACCGACGGAAAAGAGAACGUUGCGUGCAAGAGCGCGUGCGAGGCGUUCCGGGAACCUCAAUACUGCUGCAGCGGCGCCUAUGCGACUCCCGAUAAGUGCACUCCCUCUUCGUACUCUCAGCUGUUCAAGAGCGCAUGCCCACGCGCUUACAGCUACGCAUACGACGAUUCCACCAGCACAUUCACUUGUGCCGGCGCAGAUUACAUGAUCACCUUCUGCCCCUCUCCUAAAACCAGGUACCACCGCCUACCCUUUUUAGCUGUUUCACUUUUUUUCCUCAAUCAAGGGCAUUUUCGUCCCAAUAUUUUUUAUAAAACCGUACAAAACAAGCGAUUAAUCUCCCUUCACGGCUUCGCUUUUUUCAUGCUGCCAAAGAAUCUAUUUCGUCAGCUUUUUGGUGUUUCUAACUUUCUAGCGAUGCAUUUAUGUGGUUGUUUAAUAAUUUUGAGCACGACCUCAACCGACAGUUGCGCCAUUUUUAAUGAAAUGAGUUAAACUCGAGGGCAAAACAGUCCUUUUGUAUAAUUCAUUUUAUUGAUUGAAAAUAGGAUUCCAAAAAAUAAAUUAAUAUGCACGUCGUUCGACUGCCGACUCUCCUAGAGAUGCGCUUCACUUUCUGUUCAGUUUUCACAUACCACCCAAACCGGUUUUUCCUUUUUCGUUUUUUUUUUCUCCAAGUGGGAGUCGAGUCAAAAUUGCUGACAUUAAGUUUUAUGCACUACAGCCAGAAAGCAUCGCAAGGGCAGAACGAGGAAACGCCGGCGACGACUCAGAUCAACAGCACAAUGGUGUACGAAGGCGCUCUAGAGGAUGACAGCUCUUCAGCGUCACCCCCCACGUGUACAGGAUCAGGACUGAUUGCCGGUGCCGUAUCCAUCGGGACCGCUCUUCUAACUUCCUGGCUGACCUUAUAGAAACAUAUGCCCAUAUCUAACUUUGUCGGAAACGGGGUGUUGAGUGACGUGUGGACCUUGUGGUGAGGUGGGUUGGGCUUGGCCCCACAGAGUUAGGCCUCCCUGACGAGGAACUGACUCAGGCUGUCACACCAACCAUGCCCUCUCAUUUUCAUUUAUGCUUAUAAUGGAGUAUGGGUGAGAAGCUACUCUCAUGGAAGAGGUGGUUGAUGGGGGCAAGUAUUGUUUUCAGAUCAAAAAAGAAAAGCCAUACGUGCUACAACAAUAUAACACAAACGAAAUGAAAACUUAUACUUGUCAUGGAUCAAUAGAAUAUAAUUUUUUAUUUUUUUUAAUUGGUGUGGUGAGAGGAUCAGCACCCACGAAAUAUAAAGAUAUUAUAGCCAUUAGGAUUAUAGUUCUUUUUAAAAAGGAAUUUAAUAAUAUUAAAUGAGGGGAUGGGAUUCAUUUGUUGUGUUCUCCUUGUGUAAAAUAUUAUUUGUAAUACCACCAGAUUUAAUGACAUCAGAAUAGAGUUUUAUUAUUUUAA